AUGUCCAAGGUAACGGCGCCCGGCCCCGGGCCGGCGGCGGGCGGGAAGGAGAAGCGCUCCUUCAGCAAGCGGCUGUUCCGGAGCGGCCGCGCGGGCGGCGCGGGGGCCGGAGCGCCCGGGCCGGCCGCGCCCUCGCCGUCGUCGGCGCGCUCGGUGGGCAGCUUCAUGAGCCGCGUCCUCCGGACGCUGUCCACGCUCUCGCACCUGAGCUCCGAGGGCGGCGGCCCGGACCGCGGCGCCCUCCGCGGCUGCUUCCCGCCCGGGCCGCCCGCGCCGCCGCCCUGCCCGCCGCCCGCGCCGCCCGCGCCGCCCGCCUGCGAGCCGGUGCCCGGCGUGGCGGGGCUCCGCAACCACGGCAACACGUGCUUCAUGAACGCCACGCUGCAGUGCCUCAGCAACACCGAGCUCUUCGCCGAGUACCUGGCGCUCGGCCAGUACCGCGCCGGCCGGCCCGCGCCCGCGCCGGAGCCGGAGCCCGCGCCCGCGCCCGCCGGCGCCGCGGGGGAGGUCACGGAGCAGCUGGCGCACCUGGUGCGCGCGCUCUGGACGCUGGAGUACACCCCGCAGCACAGCCGCGACUUCAAGAGUAUUGUGUCAAAGAAUGCCCUGCAGUACCGGGGGAAUUCCCAGCACGAUGCCCAGGAGUUUCUGCUGUGGCUUUUGGACCGAGUUCACGAAGACCUCAAUCAUGCCGUGAAGCAGAGCGGCCAGCCUCCGGUGAAGCCACCAUCAGAGUCUGAUAUGAUGCCUGAGGGACCAUCUUUUCCUGUCUGUAGCACUUUUGUACAAGAACUUUUUCAAGCCCAAUACAGAUCCUCCCUGACAUGUCCUCAUUGUCAGAAGCAGAGCAACACUUUUGACCCUUUCCUCUGCAUUUCUUUGCCAAUCCCUCUACCCUACACAAGGCCUCUCUAUGUCACCGUAGUAUAUCAAGGAAAGUGUUCACACUGCAUGCGGAUUGGCGUGGCCGUGCCUCUGUCUGGGACUGUCGCCAGACUUCGGGAAGCAGUGUCUCUGGAAACAAAGAUCCCCACUGACCAGAUUGUGUUAACAGAAAUGUACUAUGACGGGUUCCACCGUUCCUUUUGUGACACAGAUGACCUGGAAACAGUCCACGAAAGUGACUCCAUUUUUGCCUUUGAGACUCCAGAAAUAUUCAGGCCUGAAGGAAUUCUCAGUCAGAGAGGAAUUCACUUAAACAACAAUCUGAACCACUUAACAAUUGGCUUGGCCCAUCAUAGACUGUCUUCUGCACACGCAGCGGCAAAGCAGGGGAAGGUGGAGCUGCCCGUGACGAGAGCAGAGAGCGACAAGAUCGUCCUGCUGGUGUGCAACCGCGCCUGCACCGGGCAGCAGGGAAAGAGGUUUGGACAGCCUUUUGUGCUGCACUUGGAGAAGACAGUCGCCUGGGACCUGCUGCAGAAGGAAAUCUUGGAGAAGAUGAAGUACUUCCUGAGGCCCGCGGUGUGCAUUCAGGUGUGUCCGUUCAGCUUGCGUGUGGUCAGUGUGGUGGGAAUAACGUACUUACUGCCCCAGGAGGAGCAGCCGCUGUGCCACCCAACGGUAGAAAGGGCGUUAAAAUCGUGUGGACCAGGUGGCACUGCUCAUGUGAAGUUAGUAGUAGAAUGGGACAAGGAGACAAAAGAUUUCUUGUUUGUAAAUACUGAAGAUGAGUAUAUCCCUGAUGCAGAGAGUGUUCGUCUGCAACGGGAGCGUCAUCAUCAGCCUCAAACUUGCACUUUAUCCCAGUGUUUCCAACUCUACACCAAAGAGGAACGGCUGGCCCCCGACGACGCCUGGCGCUGCCCGCACUGCAAGCAGCUGCAGCAGGGGAGCAUCACGCUGAGCCUGUGGACCCUGCCGGACGUGCUCAUCGUCCACCUGAAGAGGUUCCGGCAGGAAGGAGACAGGCGUGUGAAACUUCAGAACAUGGUCAAGUUCCCCUUGACUGGCCUGGACAUGACGCCUCAUGUGGUUAAGAGAAGCCAGAGCAGCUGGAGUUUGCCGUCCCAUUGGUCUCCAUGGCGACGACCUUAUGGACUCGGGAGGGACCCUGAGGACUACGUCUAUGACCUGUAUGCUGUGUGCAAUCAUCAUGGCACCAUGCAAGGGGGGCACUACACAGCCUACUGCAAGAACUCCGUGGACGGGCUGUGGUACUGCUUCGACGACAGCGACGUGCAGCAGCUGUCGGAAGAUGAGGUCUGCACACAGAUGGCCUACAUCCUUUUCUACCAGAGGCGGACGGCGAUCCCGUCGUGGUCAGCCAACAGCUCGGUGGCAGGCUCCACCAGCUCCUCCCUGUGCGAGCACUGGGUGAGCCGGCUCCCGGGGAGCAAGCCCGCCAGCGCCACCUCGGCAGCUUCCUCCCGACGGACCUCCCUGGCCUCGCUGUCCGAGUCUGUGGAGAUGACGGGGGAGAGGAGUGAAGAUGAUGGAGGUUUCUCGACGCGACCGUUCGUGAGGAGUGUCCAGCGCCAGAGCCUGUCAUCCAGGUCUUCUGUCACCAGCCCCUUGGCCGUCCAUGAAAACUGCAUCAGACCUUCUUGGUCCCUGUCGGCCAAGCUGCAGAUGCGCUCCAGCUCUCCUUCCCGCUUCUCAGGGGACUCUCCGGUUCACGCCUCUGCCUCCACCUUGGAGAAGAUUGGGGAGGCAGUGGAUGACAAGGCCUCCGUCUCUUGCUUUGGGAGCUUGAGGAGCCUUUCCAGCAGUGCCCAGGACCUGGGCGGCGCUCCCAGUCGACGGGAGCACAAGGCUGCAGGCCGGGCCCCGCUGGCUGUCAUGGAAGGCGUGUGCAGAGACGAGCCGGAGGCCCACAGAUUGCACUCCAGUGUUGCAGACACCCAGAGCAAACACUCAGCACAAGGGGCUCGCCUGCCCUCCGUCUCUGAUCCGUUUGAUAACAAUAACCAGAUAGCUUACGUGGACCAGAGCGAUUCUGUAGACAGCUCUCCCGUCAAAGAGGUGAAACCCCCAAGCCACCCAGGCUCCCUCACCAAGAAACCAGAGAGCACAACCAGGAGUUCCCCCAGCUCCAAAGGUGCGUCUGAGCCCGACAGAAGCUCGCGGAAGGGGAGGUCCGUCUUGGCCAGCCGGGGGUCAUCUCAGUCCAGCACCUCCCCUUCCUCUCCGGUUGCUGCCAAAGUUUCUGUGAAGCCCUCCCGCUCCAGAAGCAAAGCGGAGUCUUCCAGGGCCCCCGCCCCUCCCAGGAAGGAGUGCUCCCCCAGAGCCCAGGACUCAGUGGCCUCUCCUUCGCCCCAGAAGCUGAAGUCGGCUUCUCCCCUCACUUGCACUGCUCCCUCCACCGCUGCCAAAAAAGCCCCGGGCCCUGCCCCGAGGGGCCCCCUCGCCCCCGGGAAGGGCGGGACUUCAGAUCGGAGCCUGAGCAGAGAGGGCUCCAGGCAAAGCCUGGUCUCCGACCGGGCCGGCGUCCCCUCCGGCUCCAAGCCCAGCUCCCCUCGGGUGAGCCAGGCCCGGGCGGGGGAGGGCCGGGGGGAUGGGAAGCAGGUCAGGAGCUCCUCCAUGGCCAGCCUGCGCUCCCCCGGUGCGAGUGUGAAGGCUGGUCUGAAGAGGGACAGCAAAUCGGAUGAGAAGGGGCUGUCCUUCUUCAAGUCAGCCUUGAGGCAGAAGGACACCCGGCGGUCCGCUGACCUCGGCAAGACCACCUUGCUCUCCAAGAAGGCCGGGGGGAGCUCUGCCAAGUCGGCCUGUAAGAACGCGGGGGAGGACAAGGCAGAGAAAGGGCACCGGCCUCCAGGCUCCCAGCAGCCAAAUGCCAGUUCCGCAGGGAAAGAGCACCUUGUCUCCAGGGACCCUGCUUCUGCUAGACAUUCCCUGCUGGCCAGUCGCAAGUCCAAGUCUUCCCCUCUAGACUCCGGAGCCCUCUCCUCUCCUCGGGGCAGGCAGUCCUCCGAGAGGCCCUCCCAAAGGUUAUCUUCGAGCAUGCCAGCCUCUGCACGGCCGCCUCCGAAGCCUCAGUGA